ACUUCAUUUGUUCAUGACACUUUUGGUCCCUACAGGAGUGUUGAGGAAUUGUGGGAUGGCGAAAUCUAGGAAGUCAGCCAGUGCACAUAUUCUUCAACUGAAUUGGAUUUUUAUGGGUCCAAUAUCACUGACUCCAAACCUCUGUAAAACCCUAAGCAAAGCUCGAAGUCUGAAACGCAGCUACUCCUAAAACCCUGAUGGCUUUGUUCUCGUCGAUGCUUCGCAGGCCAUCCUACUCCUUAUUCUCCUUCGUGCUCCGCACCGUCGGUUCUGCAACAACCUUUCACAGCCGAUUCUCCACCGUCCCCAAUUUCGGCGGUGAGAUCACCCGAGAAUGCUCUGUUCCAUUUCGGCAUUUCUCCGCCGCUACCGCCACCGCCAUGAAACCGGCCACCGACGAAAGGGUAGUCGGAGCUCUCGAGUCUGAGAUCAAGGUCGCCGAAGAGGACAUAGAAAAUUAUAAGGUGGGUGAGGUUGCAGAUGGGUUUCCUUUUGAAAUAGUAGACAAUGCUGGAGAGCAGACCAUAAUGCUCAGAAGAGAAUUCGAUGGAGAAAUCAUCAAAGUGGCGGUCGAUAUUCCUAAUGUUUCUUCCACCGAAGACAAUGAUGAUGAGGAGGAGAAUGAAGACACUGGGAUUCCAAUGGUUGUGAGUGUUUCGAAAGGAAAUGAGCAGGAGCUGGAGUUUGGGCUCACUGCCUUUUCUGAUGAGAUUUGCGUCGAUAGCUUGUCGAUGAGGCAGCCAGAGGAUUCUGAAGGAUCGAAACGGAUUGCAUAUGAAGGGCCUAAUUUUAGUGACUUGGAUGAGAGCUUCCAGAAGGCCUUGCAGAAAUAUCUGGAGGUUCGAGGGAUCAAGUCGAGCAUAACUAAGUUCUUGCAGGAGUAUAUGAGGAACAAAGACUUCAGAGAGUACUUGAUGUGGUUGAAGAACCUAAAAGGUUUUAUUGAGCAGUGAUUGUUGCUUUCACGUGUUGGAGCAGUGAUUGUUGCUUUCACGUGUUGGAUAGAGGGUAGUAGGAUUGCAAAUCAAUUCAGAAGGAUGAACAAGAUAGGAAUAGUAGAUUGCAACCAAUGAACCAGUGUCGAGGCAGUUUUGAUCAUGUGAGUCCCUUUGUACACUUAAAAAACAGGGGACAUAUUUAUAACUUGGAAAUGGUUUUUAUUAAUGGAUGGUGUUUCCCCUCUUUUAAGACUCAAAUAAUAAUUAGUUUUCCUUGAUAA